CACUCUGUAGGUGACCACACUGUGACUUCUUCUACAUCAUCAGGAACAGGCCCCGCCCACCACUGACAUGGAGCGCACCUUCAUCGCCGUGAAGCCCGAUGGCGUCCAGAGAGGUUUGUGCGGUGACAUCAUCAAGCGCUUCGAGCAGAGAGGCUUCAAGCUGCUCGCUGCCAAGUUCAUGCAGGCGUCAGAAGAGCACAUGAAGACGCAUUAUUUGGACCUGAAGGACACGCCCUUCUACGCCGCGCUCUGCAAGUACAUGUCCUCAGGACCCGUCUUUGCCAUGGUGUGGGAGGGGCGGGGCAUUGUCAAGCUGGCCAGGAUGAUGCUGGGAGAGACCAACCCGGCCGACUCCAAACCAGGAAGCAUCCGAGGAGACUUCUGCAUCGACAUCGGCAGGAACAUCAUUCACGGCAGCGACACGGUGGAAAACGCCAAGCGGGAGAUCGACUUGUGGUUCAAAGCCAACGAGCUGCUGGACUACGCCCCUUGUGGCCAACCCUGGAUCUACGAGUGAACGUCUGCAAUUCUAGAAAUCACUUUUUGAAAUGACUUAAUAAACUUAUUGCAUCGAUUAUGCUUAUUA